ACACACUGUCCAUCCAUGAGUGCCCUCCAUCCACAUGCCUUGGAACUCUAUCAUCACGUGACAGGAAAACGUCACCGAGCGGCUACGUCACUUUACUCCAAUGCGGAAGUGAUCGUCAUCGUUAGAGCUGUGAGUUGGAAGGACGUGGAAAGACAGAAAAUGUCGUGGAUAAGGGAAGGAGAGUUAAACCUACUGGAGAAGAUUUCAGCCAACAUCUUGAAGGCUGGACCCAUGCCCAAACAUGUGGCCUUCAUCAUGGAUGGAAACCGCCGCUUUGCACGUAAGAAAAACAUGGAGCGUCAGGCAGGACACAUGGAGGGCUUCAACAAGCUGGCAGAGACAUUACGUUGGUGUAAGAAUCUGAACAUCCAAGAGGUGACGGUGUACGCCUUCAGCAUUGAGAACUUCAAACGUACGAAAGACGAGGUGGACGGACUGAUGGAGCUGGCCAAGCAGAAAUUUGAGAAGCUGUUGGAGGAGCGGGAUAACCUGGAGAAGCAUGGCGUGUGUAUCCGGGUGCUGGGCGACUUGAACAUGCUGCCACUUGACCUUCAGCAGAUCAUUGCCAAAGCUGUGACCACAACCAAAUCCCAUAACAAAUGUUUCUUAAAUGUGUGUUUCGCCUACACGUCAAGAUAUGAAAUUACGAAUGCAGUCAGAGAAAUGGCUUGGGGAGUGGAGCAGGGGCUGAUCAAAGCAAGUGAUGUUUCAGAGGCACUGCUAAGCGAGUGUUUGUACAGCAAUAAUUCUCCAAAUCCUGACCUGCUCAUCCGCACGUCAGGAGAGGUGCGCCUCAGCGACUUCCUUCUUUGGCAGACCUCCCACUCCUGUCUGGUGUUCCAGUCUGUUCUGUGGCCCGAGUACUCUUUCUGGAACCUGUGCGAGGCUAUCCUCCAGUUUCAGUUAAAUCACAAAUCCAUCCAGAAAGCCAGAGAUCUCCAUCGGGAGCAUCAGGCCUUCCAGCAGCUGGAGGCAGACCGUGCCUGUGUAGCGGAGCACCUGCAGCAUCAUGGGAAUGGAAAGCCUGCCGACACCCAAAGAAGACAAGAAGCACUGCUGCACUACACUGCCUGCAGGGAGGAACGAAUUCAAGACUUCUUAGAAGCACUGAAGCACAAGAGAGACUCAUUCUUUAAUGACUUAACGAGUGAAGCCAUCGUGGCUUAGGAGGGCUCCAAAAAAAAAAAAAAACCCCAUGUUGAAGUGGGGAUGAAACCUCUCCCGUCCUCUUUCUGAAAGGGCUUCUUUGGAAAAAAGGAAGAGUGGACAGUCUCAUGGAAAGGUUUCUUAGUGUUGCUGAUUUGUACAUUUGAGAGGGCAAUUUUACCCCUAUGGGGCUGUUAAAAAAAGAGAUAUUUAUGAUUGUAGAUCUAAAAAAAAAAAAAAGAGUCUUAUAUGUGGAAAUGCCUGGUCAAGAUUUAGUUAAAUAGUUGUGUAGCUUAUUUGUGAAAUGCAUGCUUUUGUUUGGAAGUUCAAAUUCUGAGUGAAAGUCGGGGAUUCAGUGUUUCAGAGAUGAUUCCAUCCAGUGUUUUAUGAAUCAGUGCACUUUGCAUUUUGUUCAGUUCUUAUGGAAGUGUUGUUUGUUUGGUGAGUGUGAUGUUAAUGACAUAACUAGAUUUUGACCAGCCUUCUUUAACAGAAUAAAGUGAUUACUCUAUGUCAGAUAGGAUUA